AUACAAACAAUUAUCGCAAAUAUUUUCUUAGAUUACAGAUAUUAAAAUUUAUUUGUCUAAGAAUUAGUCUUUUAUACAAAAUAAUAAUAAUAAGUGAUUUUAAAAUUUAUUUUAUUAUUAUUUUUUAAUUUAAAUACAAAAGCCAAGUUGAAAAAAAAAAUAUUAGAAACUAUCUCCACAUAUAUAAAACGUUAUCUAUUUAAUCGAUUUAACUAUAGUCUGUUACAGUCGCUGCUAAAAAAAUUUCAGUAGAUGGAAUACAACAAUUUAAAAGCGUACAUACUCUUUAUAAUUUAAUAAUUUAGAAAUGAGUACCCCCACUUAUUCUAGUUCCAAGAGAUUCAUGAUGGCUGAAAUGUCAGUUUGCUGAAGCUGUUGAUCGUGGGUGUACUUAGUGUUCACUUGUGUUGUACAUAGAGUGUAUACGCUAGCAGUAUCAAACCAAGUAAAGCACAAGCAGCAUAACAUAAGGCCAGUGGGAGCGGGAGUACGUGAAAAUUUCUGUGGUGUAUAUCUAGAUGCCGUCAUGGAUGAAACCACAACUAAUGAUCCUGGAGGUGGUGAAGGCGGGGGUGGAAGUUCUAAUGGACCAUUAAUUUGUGCUGGAUGUCUUAAUGCUAUUGAAGAAGAUGAAUUUAUUCAAGCACUUAAUCACGAAUGGCAUAUUGAUUGUUUUCAGUGUUCAGCUUGUGAUGCUUCUUUAUCAUCAUGGUACUUUGAAAAGGAUGGCCUACUAUUUUGUAAAGAUGAUUACUGGGCAGCUUAUGGAGAAGCAUGUCAAAGUUGUGGUCAAGUUAUUACCGGACCAGUUAUGUUGGCAGGAGAUCACAAAUUUCAUCCAGAAUGUUUUGCAUGUAAUUCAUGUGGUGCAUUUAUUGGUGAUGGUGAAAGCUAUGCUUUAGUUGAAAGAUCAAAACUUUAUUGUGGAAUUUGUUAUAAACGUCAAAUGCAGCCACUUAAUCGAACAGCAAAUUAUCCGUUUGUUAGGAAGCCUCACAGUAUAAGAUUAGUUGAGAUUCCUCCUAGUAAUAAAAAUCAAGAAAAACAGAGAGGAAUUAAACUUACAUUGGAUUCAACUCCGAGUCCACAUAGUUGUGGAUGUGGUCUGCUGAGAAUUUCCGAGUUAGUGAGAAAUGUACGUGGAAAGAUGAGUAAACUGAUGACCUCUAUGGUGGAGGUUCUAUUUAAUCUAUGCUGCAGAUUCUUUAAUAAUAGACUCAGCAUGUCUGGGGAUUUAAUGUCUUUACAUAUAGGAGACAGAAUACUGGAAAUAAAUGGAACUCCAGUAAAAGAUCAACCGGUUGAAAGUAUUGAGAAUCUCAUACGAUAUUCUGAUUCAGUGUUACAAUUAACGAUUGAACAUGAUCCCGACGCGUUAUCACGACGAAAUAAUUUUUCUACAACUCAAUCGGCAUUUCUUUCAACUGCGACUAGUCCUCGAACAAGUCCUGAAAGUAAAGAACGACUAUUUAAACGUCGAGACGAAGGUUAUAUUAGUGGUAAUCGCAGCCGUCAAUUACGAAGAUCUAAAGAUCCAUCGAAUAAAGAACGUAGCAGUUCAAUGUCAAGAUUACUUGAUUGUACACCUCCAUCAAGUUCUACCUGUGAUUUAAGUAGAACGAGAUCAUUUCGCGUGGAACCAAAAACUCAACGAAUUUUUCGGGCAAGUGAUUUAGUAAAGGGUGAGCUAUUGGGUAAAGGUUUUUUUGGGCAGGUAUAUAAAGUAACACAUCGCGAAACCAACGAAGUUAUGGUACUAAAAGAAUUAUAUAGAGUAGAUGAAGAAGCACAAAAAAAUUUUCUAAAAGAAGUUGCUGUUCUUCGAUCUUUACAUCACAAUAAUGUAUUGCGAUUUAUAGGAGUACUUUAUAAAGACAAAAAACUUCAUCUUGUUACUGAGUACAUUGCUGGUGGUACUUUAAGAGGAUUGCUUCACGAUACAAAUGUACCGUUGCCGUGGGAACAAAGAACGUCGUUUGCUAAAGAUAUAGCUGCUGGUAUGGCCUAUCUUCACUCAAUGAAUAUAAUACACCGGGACCUGAAUUCACAUAAUUGUCUUGUUCGAGAGGACAAAACAGUAGUUGUAGCUGAUUUUGGCUUAGCAAGAAUAAUACAAAAUGGUAAUUCAUCAGAUAAAAGACGAUAUAGUGGAUUAUCAACAACUGAUGGUGAGACAAAGUGUCCACGUAAAGAAAGAAAAAAACGUUAUACUGUUGUUGGUAAUCCAUAUUGGAUGGCACCAGAAAUGAUGAAAGGAAAUAAAUACGAUGAAAAAGUUGAUAUUUUUAGCUUUGGUAUUGUCGUGUGUGAAAUAAUUGGACGUGUUCAAGCAGAUCCAGAUUAUCUUCCUCGUUCCUCUGAUUUUGGAUUAAAUCAAAAAGUAUUUAGAGAAAAAUUUUGUGCUAAUUGUCCAGAAACAUUUUAUAUGAUUGCUUUUUUAUGUUGUGAUUUAAAUCCAGAUAAAAGACCACCAUUUGAAGUCAUGGAAGUUUGGUUAGAAGGUUUGGCGAUGCAUUUAUCUGUUGGUGCUCCUCUUUCAUCUGAUUUAGAAUCUGAUAUCCGAUAUUAUACUGGUCCUAGUCCAAGUAGCAGUGAAUCUACAACUCCAGAAACAUUAGCACCACAAUUAAGACCUAUCAAAGAAGGAGCUAUUCAUCAGGAGAAAAAGAGAUAUUGUUGUGAAGACAGUACAUUAGAAAGAGAAACAGAUACUACUAAAACUGAUGAGUUUAAAGUACCAGAACAACCGAAAGAUCGAUAUUCACGGCAAAGUAGUCAAAAUAGUCAGACUGAUAUUUCUAAAAAUUUUGGUAAAUUUUCAAAUCAAAAUUCACGAUCUAAAAUUACUACUACUCCUACUAUUACUGCUUCUGAUUCUAAGGACAGUGAAACACCGAGUAUUAUUAUUUCACCUGAUUUAAGUGGUUUUAGUGGACGUUUUUUGAGAAACCAAACAAAUUUAAAGGAUUCUAAUCAAAUUUCAUCAUCAAUUACUAAAACAACAGAUGAAAUUAAUGAUGACGAACGUGAAUCUAAAACAUUUAAAAAUGGAUCAUCACGAGUAAUUCAAAUUACAAAGUCUCCAGUUAAAGUUAAAUUACCAUUAAUGGAAAAAAUUCGAUAUGUUGGAAAUAUAAAUACUCAAAGUAAUUUUGAAUUACCAACAGAACUUAAUAAUGUUGACAAUAAAUAUUCAUAUAAAGUAAAUUCAGUAGUCAGUCCAAAAAAUGUUGAAAAAAAAACUGAAUCUCAUGAUAAUUGUACAAUUAAAAAUGAUGAACACAAUUCAAUUGAUAAAUCGUGGAAAUCACCAGAGGCUGGUGGUUUUGUUGGUACUUAUUUUAAACAAAUUAGUAAAUUAAAAAAUUCAAUUGAAAAAAGCAAUAAAUCACUUGGUUGGCAAAAUAAUAAUUUUGAUGCGACAACGAGCAAUGAUGUCAAAAAAAAAACUAAAGAAUCAACAAAAACAUCCGCAGGAUCUUAUCUCAGGCGGAUGAAAAUUUCACCGACAAAAGAACAAACAAAUAAAAAUGCGUUUACUAGACAAGAUGAAUCUACAAGUAAUAAAGGAUCAUUGGAACAGGAUGUUCUGUUAAAAGAUAGUGAUAGUAAUAAAGAUAAAGAUAAUUUAAUUUAUAAAGAUUCGUUAAAUGAAUUAAAUAAUUCUCAUACACAAGAUAAUAAUUGUUUGUUACAAAGACAAGACAGCGUUGCUUCGAGUGUCGGUAGUAUUUUAUCUCGACAUACGAGUCUUGCAGUUUCCGAUACACUUCCAUUAAGAAAUUAUACGGAAAAAAUUUCAUCAUGUGAAAGUCCAUUUACAGAUUUACUUUAUCGUCACGAUAGUUUUUGUUCCAAUGACAUAACUUUGAAACCUGAUGAGUACUCGAGUUUAAAUGAUUUUGAUUUAAACAAUAUUGACAGUCAUAUUGAAUCUAAUGACGAAAAAUUUUUAAAAAAUCAUUUAUUAAAUACUGAUGAUAUUGAAUUUGAUUAUACAAGUCAUUUAAAUUUAUCAUCCCAUCCACAUGUUAAUUAUACAGAAUGUUAUAAAAAUAAAGAAGUUGAUUUAUGUAGACAGGAUAGUUUUUGCACAGAUAGUGCUGUUGGAACAAUGCGAAGUGACUUUUUUGAUGAUAUUGAUGUUGCUGAGUUACGUAAAGACGCUGAAGAACAUGAAAAUUGUCGUACAUCGGAUAAAUAUUGCCCAUCAAAUCGUAAUGCUUCACCGAUUGAAAGCACGGCAUUGUAGACAUUUUUUAAUAACAUAUAUAUAUUAGACUGUGCCAAAUAAAAUCGAUAUUUUUUUUUUCGGUCCCAUACCAAGUUGGCCCUCCACUCCAACUCAAUUACAAAACGCGCACUCGCUUGAAUGAGAUUUUCCAUUUAAAUAACAUAGGAAAAUCUUUUUUUAAUUUUGAAAUUUUAUAACUCGUUAACGGAUCAAUAAAGUGAAAAAUCCAUAACUAGGGACAAGAUUUUUGCCUUAACUUCGAAAUGAAUGGUUCAAAUAUUUAAUAUUACGGCGAAAAUAUUGGUCUUCUAAAAAAAUUUUCAAACAAAAGUUGUAGGAAAUUUUGUUUUAUAAAAAAAAUGUCUCUUAUGAUUUUUUUAUACGACCA